AUGUGCGGUAUCUUUGCUGUUUGUCACUGCAACAAAGCAAGUGGUAAAACUACAGCAAGAUUUUGUUUUGAAACUGCUAAAAAACAUGCACAUCGACAAAAACACAGAGGACCUGACUACCGUGGGUUUUAUCAGAAUGAACAAACUGGCGACAUUUUAUGUCACGAACGACUUUCAAUUAUGGACCUCAGCUAUAAAUGCGCACAUCCAAUUCAAGGAAGUCAACCGAAUCACCAAGUAAUACAUAAUGGAGAAAUUUACAAUCACGCCAUUUUACGACAAGAUUUACUAAAAGAAUUUGCUAUGAGAACGGAGUGUGACUCGGAGACAAUAAUAUACCUUUACGAAAAGAUACGUAACGGCAUGAUGUGCAAUCAGUUAGAUGGCAUCUUUACUUUUGCACUUAUCUAUGAAAAAGAAUUUCUGGUUGCUAGAGAUCCUAUUGGCAUAAAACCCUUAUACUACGGCAUUGACAAAGAAGGACGGUAUCUCUUUAGCUCAGAAAUGAAAAUCAUUGAAGACAUAUGUGGAGAAAAUUUCAUGAAAACUUUUCCACCUGGACAUUUUUGGACCCCAGAAAAUGGUUUUGUUCGAUAUUUCAACCCUUUAUGGUUAGAACCAUCCAAUGCAACUAAUGAAGCAAACUUAUUAGCAAUUCGAGAAGCGCUGACAGCAGCUACCAUCAAACGACUAAUCAGCGAUGCGCCAUUAGGUGUGCUACUUAGUGGUGGACUAGAUUCCAGCUUAGUUAGCUCUAUUGCCAGUAGAGAAAUGCGUCUCCUGGGGUAUAAUAUGAUGUCAUUUUCCAUUGCACUUGAUGAAUUCCAACCUGACACUGUCGCAGCACGAAAAGUUGCGAAAUUUAUUGGUACCGAACACCACGAAUUCCAUUUUACUAUCAAAGAAGGAAUUGAUAAUCUUCGCAAUCUCAUAUGGCAUCUAGAAACCUACGACGUUACGUCAAUUAGAGCAUCAACUCCAAUGUUCUUUCUCUCCAAAAAAAUUAGCGAACUUGGCGUAAAAGUAGUAUUAUCGGGAGAAGGAGCGGAUGAAAUAUUUGGUGGCUAUUUGUAUUUCCAUAAUGCACCAGAUGAUUACGCGUUCCAACAGGAGACAAUUCGAAGGGUCAACCUCCUCAGCACCGCUGAUUGCUUGCGAGCAGACAAGUCAUGUAUGGCCCAUGCAGUGGAAGUCCGAGUCCCAUUUCUUGAUAAAGCUUUCUUAGAAGUUGCUAUGAUGACACAUCCACGUUACAAACGACCGGUAGUUUACGAAAAUCGACCAGUAGAAAAAUAUUUUCUACGAAAGGCGUUUGACGAUCCGGACAAGCCUUAUCUACCAAAGGAAAUACUGUGGCGACAGAAAGAACAGUUUUCUGAUGGAGUUGGAUACAACUGGAUUGACCAACUUCGAGAUUACUGCGCUUCCAAGGUGUCCGAUGAGGAAAUGAAGCUGGCAGGAAAAACAUUCCCCUACAACACACCAACAACUAAGGAAGGUUAUUACUAUCGUAAGAUCUUCCAUGAACUCUUCCCUAGCGAAAAUGCAGCAAAAACUGUCAAAAAAUGGGUACCCAAGUGGCAGGAGAGUGAGGACCCGUCUGGAAGAGUGUGUUCAGUGCACCUAAAAAGAAUAACUAAUGAAACGGAAAAAUCGGGUGUAAGGAAUAGUACAAUUAUGAAGCAGAGUUUGAAAGAGCAAAAAUCUAUGACACCGAGGCAACAAGAGCUAUGCAUGCACUAA